UUCAAGAUAUUCGCGAGCUUGAAUGCUGGGCUCUGUUGUUCACCAAGAAAAUAUGGCUAGAAAAUUAUUAUUAACGUUCAAUAGUACUCUACCCACAACAACUGCAAGUUCCGGAAUCAACUCUAUCCAACAGCUUUUUGCAUAUGGACAACAAACACCAGGAGCAAUACCCAUUGUUGUAGGUUUUCAAGAUAAGCUGAUUUGUACUGUAGCACCAUUGACCACAUCAGCAGAUCAAGAAUCAGCAACAAAAAAGAUCAAAAGAUGGGAUGAAGAAAUGGACAAUGAUUUAGUAAAAGAGAUGCUCAAUUCAAAUAUUUUUAGCUACAAAUAUAAUUCGAAGAGCCAAGGUUUGCGAUUAAUCCAUUCGGAGCGACAACAGACUGAAAUUUAUUUCCAUGAAUUCUUUUAUGUCCAUUUUACAUAAUUCUUUGCGACUGACUGUACAGGUCUACAAAUGGGUCGAACGGUCCCAUCUAUGAAUCCCCCCACCCCAACAGUUGUUGAGCGGUGCGCCCUUAGUUUGAAUAACAUUAAAAAAUUCUUGAAGCUUAUCUGGAGCAAGUCAUGGCUGUUGGAGAGUUUCCAAAAGAUGGUUACAAUUGUCGUAAAUAAUGAUGUCCACGAUCUUGCACGUUGCCAAAAACAACUCUGUUAUGACCGACCGAAGUUUGGAACCAUGUCUGCAUAUCGACGUGAUACGCAAAACGAUUUAAAAAAAAACAUACAA